CCCCUCCUCACCGUUCUUCGUUACUCUCCCUCUACGUGUCCAACAGCAGGCCAGCUCUCCUCCUUUGCUCAGUAUGUCUAACCCUACCAACACAGAGAAUGUGUCCACCUUGGAGACGGCCAUGCAGCUGAUGAUCCAGACCUUCCAUAAGUAUUCUGGAGACGAGGGCGACAAAUACACCCUGAGCAGAGCAGAGCUCAAAGUGAUGCUCUCUGCAGAGCUGGGCAACUACCUGGGGAAUGCCCAGGACAAGGAAGCAGUGGACAAGGUGAUGGGGGACCUGGAUGCCAACAAUGAUGGAGAGGUGGACUUCACUGAGUUUGUUAUUCUGGUGGGGGCGCUCACCGUCGCCUGCAACGACUUCUUCCUGGAGUACAACGACAAGGGGGAGAAGAAGUGAACACAACACACACAUGUACACAACACACACAUGUACACAACACACACAUGUACACAACACACACAUGUACACAACACACACAUGUACACUCACACACAUGUACACUCACACAUAUCUAUGCUCUCUCUCUCACACUCACUCACUCAGGAGAGGAGGAUGAUUAUUAUGAGACAUCUCCACUCAAAUCCUGGCUAGGCUUAAUGUCUACUUAUUAAUAACAGAGACCUACACACACCAUACAUACCACACACAUGCACACACACACUCUGAGAUGUUCAUAGAUGCAUCGUGGCACACUGGGUAGUGUGUUUAGUGUGUGUGCCAUCUCGAUCCAAACCCAACACCCAGAAGUUUAUUCCAGAGUGAAAAUGUGGAGAGUUUAAGUCAUCAUUAAUAGCGGUCAUUGUUGAACAUGUGAAUAUAAUUUCUCUAUCUUUUCAUUCGUUUUGUUAAACUGUUCCUCCUCGAUAGAAUAAACAUGACAUUUAACCAAA